GGAAGUAGAUGCCGACCCACUCUUUUCUUUUUGCUCCGUGGCAUUUUGCAACACAAGCUGCCUGUCGCUGUGCGCUUCGCUCCCAACCUCCUCCUUCAAGAGCAAACCGCGAAGGACACGGGCAUGAUGACGUGACAAUCAGAUGGAUUCACAUGGGGAAUAUUUUACCAAAAGAUCCAAAAAUUCCAGACCAAAAUUAAUUUUCCACCCAUUUAUUCUUAAAAUGUCUUGCAAGAAAAGAAAUUUAAAAUGUCUCUUGUGCAAUUGUGUCUAAAGUGAUGUGAGGGAGGGAGGGGAAGGGAAGGGAAGGGAAUGCCGACUGUUCAGCCGUUGCUUGUAUGAGAGCGCGAUGCCCAGACGGGGGUUGCUGCUCCACGGCCGGGUCCGCUGGCUCUUCCUGGGCCUCUUCCUUCUGCUGCUACUGCUGUUUUUAGCCUACCUGCUGGAGUGCACCCCUCAGGCCGACGUCAGCCUGGUCCUGCCCGGCAUCGCCGGCGAACCCUACGGGAAGGAGUACUACCACGCCCUGCUGCAGGAGCAGGAAGAGCGCCACCUGAACCGUGCCGCCAGUCUGAAGCGGCAGAUCGCUCAGCUCAAGCAGGAACUGCAGGAAAUGAGCGAGAAGCUGAAACUCCUGCAGGACAAGAAGGAGCUCCCCGAGGCGCAGGGCUUAGCCGAGAACAAGGAGCAAGAGCCGGGAGAUCUGCUGGACUACCUGCACUCUCAGAUCGAUAAGGCCGAGGUCAACGCGGGGGCCCGCCUGCCCAGCGAGUACGCUCUGGUGCCUUUUGAGAGCUUCACCUCAUCCAAGGUGUACCAGCUGGAGAUGGGACUGACGCGACACCCAGAGGAGAAACCCGUUCGCAAAGAUCGCCGAGACGAACUGGUGGAGGUCAUCGAAGCGGCGCUGGAAAUAAUCAACAACCCCGACGAGGAGGACGGCGUGGAGGAUGACGUGCCCGUGCAUAGGCAAGCCUACAAAGAGGGCCACUUUGUGGAAGGCAUGUACCGGACCGAGCGGGACAAAGGCUCACUUUACGAGCUCUUCUUUGCGAAAAAGGAGUCCAACACCUUCCGCCACGUCACCCUCUUCAGGCCUUUUGGUCCACUGAUGAAAGUCAGGAGCACCACCGUGGACGCAUCCACAAUGAUUAUCAACAUCAUUGUGCCACUGGCGGGCAGAGCAGAAACCUUUGUACAGUUCUUAGACAACUUCAGGGAGGUGUGUGUACGGCAGGACAAACGCAUUCACCUCACAGUGGUUUAUUUUGGCAAAGAGGGGCUCCAAGAGGUGAAGUCAUCGCUGGAAACAAUGUCAAGGGAAGAGAAUUUUUCUAAUUACACUCUGAUCCCGGUGGAUGAGGAGUUUUCCCGAGGGCGGGGUCUGGAUAUCGGAGCACGUGCUUGGAACAAAGGCGAUGUUCUGAUGUUUUUCUGCGAUGUCGACAUUCAUUUCAAUUUGGACUUCCUGAAUACGUGUCGUCUCCACGCAGAACCAAACAAGAAGGUCUUCUAUCCAGUCGUGUUUAGUCUGUACAAUCCUGCCAUAGUUUAUGGAAAUUCGGAGCUGGCUCCACCUGUUGAACUUCAGCUGGUCCACAAGAAGGAUGCUGGUUUUUGGAGAGAUUUUGGCUUUGGUAUGACGUGUCAGUAUCGUUCGGAUUUCUUAAGUAUUGGGGGUUUCGAUCUUGAAGUGAAAGGCUGGGGUGUCGAAGACGUCCACUUGUACAGGAAGUAUCUUCGGAGCGAACUCAUAGUGGUCCGGACGCCGGUGUCCAGUCUCUUUCACCUGUGGCACGAGAAGCAGUGCGCCGACGAGCUGACUCCGGAACAGUACCGCAUGUGCAUCCAGUCCAAAGCCAUGAACGAGGCCUCCCACUCCUACCUGGGAAUGUUGGUGUUCCGGGAGGAGAUCGAGGCUCAUCUCCGCAAACAGGCCUUCAAGCCGCAGAACAAAGCGGAAGACUGAGCAUCGACCCGUGUCCAUUGUGAGAUGCUGACAUUAACAAUGAACAGCUGUAGACAAAUGAAUGUACAAAAAAAAAAAAAGAGCGGAUGAUCGUGUCGCUGCUUACCCUGCUGCAUUUUGUAAUAAUUUUUACCCCAAAAGUCAUUCAGCUCGCAGGUAUUAUCGACCUUUGACUUGCUGUGAAAUGGACCCCACCUCACUGCUGCUGCUGAGCUACCCGUCAAGUGUCACCUCGUCCAAUACAUUUCAGCCGUUUCUUAAAAGUGAAAUUCCACUUUUUUUUAAUCGAUUUGGCAAAUGGCGGAUAAAUCAAAUUGUAAUAUUAAUUGUGCAGCAGUAUUCAGUUAGUAUUGUAUUUAUGAGUUGUUUAAUAAAAGGGACCUUUUUUUAUUGUCCGUGACAAUCGGUCACUGUCUUAAUAGAAAAGCAUGUUAAUGUGAUUGUUGAAGGCGCAAAGAUCUAAUGUGAGCAUGCAAACCUAAUAUUGCGUCUGAAGGUACCUGAAUUUUUAUUUUCUUUGUUUCCUUUGUUGUUUUUGCCCUGUGCGGCUGGUUUAUUGCCGCUAUUUAUUCCCAGUAAUGGUACAUUCAUGUAAAUACUUUACAAUAUGUCUUUAAUCCAUGUGAAUUAUUAUUUUUUUAAACUAUGUUGUGAUGUUUUAACUCUUGCAGACUCCUUUAAUUUUAUUCCAGACUAGUCAGAUGACAGAGACAUGAAGUCAACCAAGAAGGGGCAGGUGGGUAGUCAUUUUACUCUCACAAUGAUGUGUGAUCUUCAUGAAUGUUACUGCAACUUUAUGUAGUUGUUUCAUUUAGUUAAUAGAUAUUGUCUUCCGCUCAGCCAAACACCUGAACACAAAGAAAUGUGAAAGAAAAUGAUUUAUUGGUCAAUUUUCCCAUUGGAUUCAUUCAUUCAGGCUUCAUUUCAAUAACUGCUGCUACAUCUUCAUUCCUGUCCAUUGUCAUUUUAUCUGUUACAUUUCUUUUCUUGUCCAGUUCUAUAAUUUAUACUAUAAAAUGUUCUAAUAAACUUGUCAACUCUUUAAAAUCUA